AUGUCAGAUAAGUUGCCCAAAUCUUUACUUGGUAAUGAAAAUUUCAAAAAAGAGUUGAAUGCAUGUGUUUGGUCUGAUUUGUUGGAGCCUAAUGAGUUUGAUAUAAUAUGGAAUGAUAUAAUGGAACGGUAUGGAUUAGAAGACGUGCACUGGUUUGGAUCAAUGUUUGAAGAUAGAGAAUUCUGGGUUCCUGCUUAUUUUCGAGAUUUUCCCAUGGGGUCGCUUCUUAGGACUACAUCGAUGUCUGAAUUAGAGAAUAGCUUUUUUAAAAACUACACAAAGCCACGUGCAAAUCUUGUACAGUUCAUCAAUUUCUUUAAUUAUGUUGUGGGAGAUCAAAGGAAUGCCAAUUCACGAUUGAACUACUUGGAUUACUCAACUAUUCCUGAUUUGUCAACCCAAUUGCCUAUUGAGAAGCAUGCAUCUACAAUCUACACUGAUUCUAUUUUCAAACAUGUACAACAGGAAAUAAGUACGGUAUGUGAGAUUAUUUCUAUAACUGUUGAGGAUAACAUCAAGAUGCAUCAGGUCAAGGACCAAUAUGGUAGAACAUUGGAUGUUAAGUAUGAUUGUAAGCAAGACACAUUCGACUGUAGUUGUAAGAAGUUUUCCAGAAUUGGUUUGUUAUGUUGUCAUAUAUUUUGUUUGUUGAAGAAUAAGUCUGCUAAUCUCAUUCCUGAGAAAUAUUUUGGUCGAAGGUGGUUGAAGAGCUCUUUACUAAAGGCAGCCCAUGGUCUACCAUCUGAGGAACAACAACCAUUUGAACAUUUGGAUGAAAAGCAGGAAGUUAAGAAAAAGUUGUUCUCCAACUUUUAUCGAUUAGUCCAAAAGUCUGAGGGAAGUAUGGAUCAUUUGUCUUUGUUAAGUGCUGGUCUUGAUGAUUUGGAAGAGCAUAUAUUUGGAAAUUGUGCAGCACCUUCAGUCAUUGAAAAGAAGAAGAUGGUUGAGGAUUUUUAUGGAAUGGCAGUACCUGAUGUAAUUGACGUACAUCCUCCAGACGUUGUUAGUACCAAAGGAUCAGCUAGUGGCAGAGUAGCAAAGAGGGAGAGUGCAAUAAGGAAAGCAAAUAAGCCUCUACGACGGUGUGGUAAAUGUCAUGAGCUGGGUCGUCAUGAUUCAAGAAAUUGUGGUAGAGUCAAUGAGAAGACAGAUUGAAGCCAUUUGAUAUACUUUAGGUAUU